AUGGGAUUCCACAGCUUUCUUCGUCGAGUCUUCUGUUGCUUACAUCCGAAGCCUUUAGAUGAUUCUAACGCACCCCAUAAACCCACGACAGAGUCUUCUACUACCUCUUCUCCUCAGACAACGAACACAUUUACUCCCGAUUACGCUCAGAACGACGUAGCUCGGUUUCCCAGAAACACCGUAGCCCCGGAGCAGGGGAAUGUUGUUCAUGGAUUGAAGACGACGCUCAUUCUGCUGCAGAGGACACUUGGAGAGGUACCCAUACCCGGUGUAAAACCCUUCCUUAGCAUCAGCCUUGACAUUGUAGACCUCAUAGAGAAAAUGACGUCUAACCAACGCGACUUCAUUGAGAUAUACGAUUUAAUGCUGGAGAUAAAUGUUCGGUUUACCGUACUGAAAAACCGUUACUCAAUGCCAGAGGAGUUGGAAGAGAGGGUCGCUUCAAUUGCCAGUCAUAUUGACGAAUUCCUGCCUGCACUUCAAGAUUUAAUCAAUCGCGGAUUCCUCGAGCGUGCUUGGACUGCAAAAGACGAUCAACUUCUGGUUGUGCGUUUCUUCAGCCGUAUCAAACAAGAUCUCGACUCCUUGACUGGAGACGCAGCCAUCCAUGCGGCAGCCAAUGUUUCAAUACUGGUCGACAAUGAGCUGCGCAAGAAUCUUCAGUUUGUUCAGACUGCAGUGUGGGACGUUGGCAACGGCCCGGACGAAUCCCUCCCGGAAACGCGCCAAGAUAUCCUUCGUGAUCUCACCUCAUGGUUGAAAGACGACACUCAGCCGCACGUUUGCCUGCUACAUGGCAUGGCGGGAACUGGAAAGACUGCCAUAGCCAAGAGCUUCUGCCGAGACGCCCAGGAACGUGGUGUUUUGGGUGGCACCUUCUUCUGCUCUCGCAAGAACGAGGAACGGAGGAACGCGGGUCGCAUUAUCCCGUCAAUCGCCUUUCAGCUCUCAGCAUUCAAUAACUCAUAUGGAAGACAGUUGGCGAAAAUCAUAAAAGGCUGGAACGGGUUGGUUACUGCAAAUCCGGCAGAUCAAUGGAAAAAGUUGAUCAUUGAACCUUUUGAAACGAUGGCGCCAGGUUCUGUUCCUGUCUUAAUUGUAAUCGAUGGGAUCGAUGAAUGCGAUGAUAAAGAAGGUCGAGGCGUGCUUUGGGCGUGUCUCUCGGGGCCGAUGCCGGGAAACCUCAAAGUCCUCGUAGCAGCUCGACCUGAUGGCAAUUCGCAUGCUCGAAAUAUCUAUAGUGUCAAUCUCAACUCGUUCCGUCAAUUCGCCGACUCUGAUAUCCAGCUUUAUGUUCAGAAGCGCCUUCAGAAACUCUCUCCUCCUGGAAUGCAAUGGCCGCCAAAUGAAGAUGUUUCACGCAUCGUAAAGCAAUCGCAAGGUUUGUUCAUUUACGCUGCUGAGGUGUGUCGGCAGGUGGAGGCACCGGGUUCUGCAGUGAUACAUCUAUCCAACUUGUUGAACAAGACGAGGGAUAUACCGGCCGGCAUGCAACGCUUCUACGGGAGAAUUUUUGUAUCUGCUGUUGGAUCAUUCAGCGAUGAGAAUAUCGCAGUAUGUCGGUCCAUCUUGGGGAUGCUUGCGCUUUGGAAAGAACAGAAGCUUUCUUUAUCGGAUCUUUCCACUCUUCAUGGUCACGAUACAACGCACGUGCGAAGUUUGCUGGUUGGUUUCCAUUCCAUCCUGCACAUACCCGAGGACGUCACAGAUUCCGUACGCGUUUACCAUCCUUCCUUGACCGAAUUCUUGAUAGCCCGUCAAGUAUGGCAAUCUCGAUGUGACUUAGAUGGUUGUGAAAAUAGCCAAUGUCGAGAUCAUCCGCGCCUCGAUUUCUUCCGUCUAUAUAUGCCGAAGAAACAGCAUCAUCUUUCCAUCACCACCAAACUCCUACAGUACAUGACCAGGCAUAUUCCCACCGAUAUAGGAAUUGCGCAGCGUGAUAUCGGAACAAGUCAUCUCGUAGGUGUGCGAAGAUCACCUGUCGACGGGGCUCUCGAGUAUGCUUGCAGGCAUUGGGCAGAUCAUCUCUUUUUGUCGGACUCCGACAGUAGAAGAGAUGUUAACGGAUUAGCCACUUUGGUUAUCAGUUUCCUGGAAGCAAAGGGUGGUUUGUGGCUUGGAAUAAUUGUCAGCAACGAAGGCGACUCUUUUCAUGAGCCAUUGCGCGAUCUUCAGAGUGUUGAUACAUGGCAGCGCCUUCAUUCAUCAACAUUCGUACCAGAGACCCAGAAGGCUCUUCAAUGGCUGAUACGAGUCGGUAUAUCGAGGCUAGAAACUGUCAUCCGCUCGGAAGGAAGGCACAUGCGUCUCGAAGAGACGAUCACGCAGGACGUGCGGCCUACGACGUCGCCCAUCUUCCCUCAUGAUGCCCACAGAGCCCCGCCUCUUCAUUCCCCCACGACCGGUCCCCAACUCCAGAUGCCUAUCCCUUCCGUCUUCGAUUCUCCUCAUACGCAGGCUCGAGCAGGAGCAGUGCCUUAUUCAUAUACCAAUCACACUCUGCGGCACUAUCGCUCUUGGCAGAAAGAGGACUCUCUUGCGAGUCGCUGGCGGCAGUCACUCCUGAUCAGGCCAUCUAAGUCAUCCUGCUUUGCCGAGGAAAUGCCUUGA